GUGAGAGCGAGGGAGGGAGACUGAAGAAGAAGAAGAAAGACGGGGCUCACAGAGAGUUCAGUGUUUCAGCACCGAGGAGCCUCAGCGUAGCAGAGUGAGGGCUGACCGGAGCCGGACCUGACGGGAUGCUGUGAGGAAGGGAGAACGCCCAGCGAUGGAGCUGAAGGACGGCGGCAGGCGGCCGCAGAUGCUCAGAAUGGACGACCAGGACAGAGUGAGCCAGGCGUCCAGUGUGGCUACGAUUUCUUACUUUCCUGUCAUUAAGGAAAGUGAUGGGAAGGUGCAGACGUUUGGGAAAAGAUGCCAGGCUGCUAAAAGAGACCCCAACUGUCCGGUGGUCAUCAGGGGCUGGCUCAACAAAAAGGACAGCUCUGGUCUGAAGCUGUGGAAGAGGCGGUGGUUCGUCCUCUCCAACUACUGUCUGUAUUACUACAAAGACAGCAGAGAAGAAACCGUGUUGGGAAGCAUCCCGCUGCCCAGCUACAAAAUCCUGUUCUGCACGCCGCGAGAAUGCAAGAACCGGAAGUUCACCUUCAAGGUGGUGCACCAGGGGAUGCGCUCAUAUUUCUUCAGCGCUGACACUCAGGAGGACAUGUUGGGUUGGGUUCGAGCCCUGAGCCAAUCAGCUGCGAUGGAGCCAGACAGCACCAUGAACAGGCGUUGCUCGAGUUAUCAAGAUUUUACGCAGCUUGGUGGCAGCAGUGAGUCCAUGGACUUCCCCAGAUCGCCCACAGAGNACUCCAUGCAGAAAGACCGGGACCUGGAAGGUUUCCAGGCUGAGAAGCGCUGA